GUGGAGAGCUACAGCGUUAGUGGACAGCUCCGAGGUGCUGAAACCACACGCAGCGCCAACGCGUCUUUCACUCGCCAAGAGCGCAGGCUUAUAAGCAAGACGAGCCGCGAUGGGGAGAAUGUCUUUGACCGUCUUUCUACUUUCUUUCGUCGUUCUGGAGGGCUCUACGCAAGAUUUCGGGCAGACCCAGUUUAUUUGCACUUCCGUGCCGAAGGAUAUGGAUUUGUGCGCGGCCACGAUGCAGAACAGCGGUCCCGCGGAGGACCUGAAGACCACGGUCAUGCAGCUGAGAGAGACGGUCUUGCAGCAAAAAGAAACCAUUAUGAAUCAGAAAGAAACGAUCCGGGAACUUACGAGUAAACUAAAUCGUUGUGAGAGUCAGAGCACCCCGGAGCCCGGAGCGGGAGCCAGAAAAAAGGAGCAGGGCAAAAAUACGAUGGGAGAUGUCUCGAGAGGUCCCAGCGACACUCUAGCUCAACUAGGGCAGACUUUAGCUACCCUCAAACAGAGACUGGAAAACUUGGAGCAAUACAACAGAAGCAACGGCUCCGUGCAGGCGAACAGCCUGAAAGACUUGCUACAGAACAAAAUCGACGACAUGGAGAAGCAGGUGCUGUCCCGCGUGAACACGCUGGAGGAGGGCAAACCGGGCCAGAGGAACGACACCGACCAGCGCAAUAAAGUGGAGUCCACGCUCACGUCCUUGCACCACCGAAUCACGGACCUGGAGAAAGGAUCUAAAGGCCACCGGCCAGUGGACAAGUUCCAGUUGACUUUCCCUCUGCGGACGAACUACAUGUACGCCAAGAUGAAGAGAAGUCUUCCCGAGAUGUACGCGUUCACGCUCUGCUUGUGGAUCAAAUCCAACGCGUCCCCAGGCGUGGGGACCCCCUUCUCAUACGCUGUUCCCAGUCAGGCUAACGAACUGGUGCUUAUAGAGUGGGGGAACAAUCCUAUGGAAAUCCUCAUCAACGACAAGGUGGCGAAAUUACCUUUCCUCAUCAACGACGGCAAAUGGCAUCACAUCUGCAUCACUUGGACCACUCGCGACGGAGUGUGGGAGGCGUUUCAGGACGGAGUCCUGCGUGGAAACGGCGAGAACCUGGCUCCAUACCACCCAAUCAAACCUAACGGAGUGUUGGUUCUAGGUCAGGAACAGGACACACUGGGAGGAGGCUUCGAUGCGACACAAGCAUUUGUAGGGGAGUUAGCGAAUUUCAACGUUUGGGACAAGAAACUGUCUUCCGCGGAUAUCUACAAUCUGGCAACCUGUAACAGCAAAGCUCCGUCUGGCAACGUGAUGUCGUGGUCGGAGACGAACAUCGACGUGUUCGGGGGAGCCACUAAGUGGACUUUUGAGUCGUGCCGACAUCUCAACUGAACUGCAUAGAAGACUUAAGAGCCGAGCUCCGCAUUUCCUAGCUUCCGUCUUUCUCGUCUUCAUUUUGACGUACUCGAUAUACUGAGUAGAGGUAAGCGCGGGUUUCUAUGAAUACUUAAAUAUUUAUGUGCAAAAAACAAAGAAACAAUCGUUUUUUGGUCUUGAAAAAUAGUUUCCUGUCGUUCGUCUUGGAAACCUCAGUGAGACAGUGUUGCUAUUACUUUUUAAAAAUUGGAGAUCUUUUUUUCCUUCUUUGCAAUCGCACUCAGCUUUUUUUUCUUGGUCCGGCCGUUGUUGUCUCUUCAUGAUGGACAGCAUUACAAAAAAAGAAAACAAAAAAGAAACAAAACAAAAACAACAAAACAAAACAAAAAAAGUGCUUCAGAAACGGCUCUCGUCUCGUCUUGAGAACGGGGCUAACGGUUGCCACGUCCAUCCGGCCGCGUCUUCCACGACGUGGAAACGACGACCAUCCCGCGGUCCCGAUCUCGCACUGUGACUGACGCGGGAAGAGGGAUGCGACAGGACGGUCACGAUGACCGCUGGAGGGACGAUGUCGUCCGAAUCAAGACGCUUAGAAGCCUGAGUGCCUUAGGCUGGAUCCACUCGGCGCACCCCCCCCCCCCCCCCCCCCAACUGGCUCCACCGUCGCGUUCAUCUACCCCUUUGCUUUUACAGACGAGUUCUUGUUCUGGUUAAAUGUGUUAAACGGCGAUGUGUUCAGCCCAUGGCGUGUUUGGCAGGUGUUCGUAAUCUGUAAUAGGAAUGUUAACUGUAUAGUAACAGCAUGACUGACCAAAUGCUGCAACGGCAUCCACAUCUGCGUUUCCUAUGGUUUGGGUUGGGUUUUUUCUACUGUAUUGUUAUAUGCUAAAAGCAUGGCAUCACUGAGAGAUGACAAAGAUAUAAUUUUUGUAAUAAAAUUGUGAUAUAACAGA